AUGAUAUGGCUCAUUAUUUCUGUACCUUUCAGGUUAUCCUUGGUUCUAAAUUUUAAUGAAAUUUGUUCUCAAUCCUACAGAGCAGCCUUAGAAGAAGUUGAAGGGGAUGUAUCAGAACUUGAGCAGAAGCUUGACAAGCUGGUAAAAUUAUGCAUUGGAAUGAUCGAUGCUGGAAAAGCUUUUUGCUCUGCCAACAAGCAGUUUAUGAAUGGCAUCCGGGACCUGGCCCAAUAUUCUAGCAAGGAUGAAGUUAUUGAAAGUAGCCUGACAAAAUUUUCUGAAAGUCUGGAAGAAAUGAUCAAGUUUCAUAAUAUCCUGUUUGACCAAGCCCAAAGAUCAAUCAAGUCACAGCUCCAGUCAUUUGUGAAAGAAGAUCUCAGAAAAUUCAAAGAUGCUAAAAAACAAUUUGAUAAAGUCAGUGAAGAAAAAGAAAAUGCCCUGGCAAAAAAUGCUCAGGUGCCACGAACCAAACAACAUGAGGUAGAAGAGGCUACUAACAUUCUUACUGCAACACGGAAAUGCUUUAGGCACAUUGCAUUAGACUACGUUUUACAGAUAAAUGUACUACAGUCCAAAAGGAGGUCUGAGAUUUUAAAAUCUAUGCUGUCCUUUAUGUAUGCCCAUCUGACUUUCUUCCACCAAGGUUAUGACCUUUUCAGUGAACUUGAACCGUAUAUGAAGGAUUUAGGCGCACAGUUGAAUUGUCUUGUCAUGGAUGCUGCAAAGGAAAAGAGAGAUAUGGAGCUUAAACACUCAACAAUUCAGCAGAAGGGUUUAUCUGCUGAUGACUCCAGUUACGAGUGCAAUGCAGAUGCAGAGAAUGGUGUUGUUAUGGAAGGAUACCUUUUUAAACGAGCUAGCAAUGCUUUCAAAACCUGGAACAGGCGUUGGUUUUCAAUACAAAAUAAUCAACUAGUAUAUCAAAAGAAGUUUAAGGAUAACCCCACAGUAGUUGUGGAAGAUUUACGUUUAUGCACAGUAAAACACUGUGAAGACAUUGAGAGACGCUUCUGCUUUGAGGUUGUUUCGCCCACUAAGAGCUGCAUGUUACAGGCUGAUUCUGAGAAGCUACGACAAGCUUGGAUAAAAGCGGUGCAAACCAGUAUAGCUACAGCCUACAGAGAGAAGAGUGAUGAAGCAGAGGUUAGCAAACAGAAAGCAGACAAGAAACCUUCCAUAUCUAACACUAGCCCUGUAACUGAGACAAAACUUGUUAAAGGGGAAAGUGCUCUGCAGAAGGUACAGUGUAUACCUGGCAAUACAAAAUGCUGUGACUGUGGCCUACCAGAUCCUCGCUGGGCUAGUAUUAAUCUAGGUAUUACCUUAUGCAUCGAAUGUUCAGGAAUUCACAGGAGUCUUGGAGUUCAUUUUUCAAAAGUGAGAUCUUUAACUCUGGACACCUGGGAGCCUGAGCUACUAAAGCUGAUGUGUGAACUUGGGAAUGAUGUUAUCAAUAGCAUAUAUGAAGCACAAGUGGACAAAAUAGGUGUCAAAAAGCCUCAGAAUGGAUGUCAGAGACAGGAGAAAGAAGCAUACAUCAAAGCCAAGUAUGUGGAAAAGCGGUUUGUGGAUCAUGGUCGUGAAUCAGCAUUAGUAGCAAGAAAGAAAAGCCUAUCAGAGAGAAGAAAUGACAGCCGCCUUAGUUCAACUGACAAAAGUCUAGGAGCAGAAGAAAACUCUAGAACACCCACCAGAUUAUUAGGAAGAGCAAUGACAGCGGAAUUCAGCUCAGAGGGUAGCAGGGAACUUCUGGCAUCCACUGUAUCUUCCAACAGUUUGUAUGAACAAAAAGAUGAAAAACGGGAUUCUGCAGUAUUUCAAGAGUUGGACACUAAAAAGCUUCCUCCAGGGCCGCAGUUGUACCAGGCCGCCUAUGAGCAAAACCUUCCUGCAAUGUCUGAGGCUUUAGCUCAUGGAGCAGAAGUCAACUGGGUGAACACCAAAGAAAACAACUCUACACCACUAAUACGAGCAGUGCAUGGGGGAUCUCUAGUAACCUGUGAGUUUUUAUUGCAAAAUGGGGCCAAUGUGAAUCAUCGUGAUGCAAAAGGCAGAGGACCAUUACAUCAUGCAACAGUGCUAGGCCAUACAGGGCAAGUGUGUUUAUUUCUAAAAAGAGGAGCCAACCAGCAUGCAACUGAUGAAGAUGGCAAAGACCCUUUAAGUAUUGCUGUCGAGGCCGCCAAUGCUGAUAUAGUGACUCUAUUGCGUCUGGCACGUAUGAAUGAAGAGAUGCGGGAAUCUGAAGGACUUUAUGGACAACCAGGGGAUGAAACCUACCAAGAUAUAUUCAGAGAUUUCUCCCAUAUGGCAUCUAAAAUCCAGAAAAACUGA